CCAGCUGUGCUCUCUGUCCGUGUCUCUUUGCUUUGUUCCAUUUUCACUCCAAGGUGUCCAAGUUGACCAGUUUCAUGAUACGGCCUUUGAAAACCUGGCAGAAGAUGAGUGCAUCUGAUUGGUCCAACCUGACCCUUCACCUGGAGGGGUCCCUGACCAGCGCUUUAGGUCAUUACCUGGACAACUGGAGGCGUAACAUGACAGCUGCAGCCAACGCUUUGGACAAGACUCUGGCUGAGGAGAACUUCAGGAACGUCGUCUGGUAUCUGGCGGUGAUGAUUGGCAUGUUUGCCUUCAUUGUUGUGGCCAUCCUGGUAAGCACAGUCAAAUCCAAGAGGAGAGAGCACUCUAAUGACCCCUACCACCAAUACAUCAAGGAGGACUGGACUGCUCAGCUACAACAUGGCGACGUUGUUACCAACUUUGGAGCUGCAUAAUGAGAGCAAAGACGCUUAACUCACAGCAGAUGAUCAUUAUCAUCAAUAGCGGUAGUAGCAUAACAGGUUUUCAUAAAAGUAACCCUAACCCUUUUCCCAAUAUCCUUUCUAUUUCAGUGCAUUCUGAUAUGCGGGUGAAAUUUCUAAUCAGUAUAAUAAUUGAUAUUGUGUAUCUGUAACUGUAACUAGUGGUUUAGCUUUUUAGUCCUUUAAAUAUUAAAACCAUUAACACCAAUAAUGCAUUAAGACAGUGGUUCCCUACCUUUUUGUCACAGCCCUGUCAGAUGAAGUCAAGUAUCACAUUAUUGACAAAUGUGUUCAUUUUAUUUGAUUUUGAGAACGUUAUUUAACACUGUUCAUUUUAUAAAUAUAUAUGUAGUGACAAUAUGUUCAUGCAAAUCAUGGCGACCCUGAAAUUAUGAAAUUGAAAAUGCUGGCUCGCUGUCACACUGUGAUUUUCUGGGACACUUGAAUAGAUCAGAGCCAUUAUUUUAUGUUAUUAGUGAAAACACCUGUUAUUUUAUUGCUUUUAUUAGUCAACAUGUCUGCUGUGUAAAAGGGCUAUUGACAAUAAACAUACUAAAG